GCAUGCGUCCAGGGACUUGAUGAAACUUGACAACUAAAGUGAAGAAUACAAAAUGUCGACGAAAAACGGGCAAAAAAUCAUUGGAAAAAUCCACCGUAGAUUAUUCUAAUGGUCUGUAGAGGAGCCUUAUGCAAUGCUUAUCCGUAGGGUGGCUUAUGCUAUCAUUGCUGGAGCUAGUUGUGUCCAUAUUGUGCAUGAAUAUUUGGGUGAACUAAUUUUGCUUGUAGGGCCAUCAAUGCUGCCAACUUUGAACAGCAAUUCAUCAGGUGAUGUUGUAGUGAUGGAGCGCAUAACUAGACACCUUGGAACACUUCAGAGAGGUGAUAUUACAAUUGCAAGAUCUCCACAAGAUCCCAAUUCUCUGAUUUGUAAGAGGAUAGCAGCCAUGGCUGGUGAUAUUGUUGAAACUGGACCAGAAGAAGAAGACUAUAUCAAAGUUCCAAAGGGACACUUAUGGUUGCUAGGCGACAAUGCUGAAGAUUCAACAGACUCUAGAGACUAUGGUUCUGUACCAUACGGCCUUGUAAAAGGAAGGGUUUGUUUUAAGCUUUGGCCACUCUCAGAAUUUGGAAGAAUUGAAAGCCCUAAAAAAACCUCAGGAGUUCAGAAUGGCUAAUGUUAAUGGUCCAUUGCUCUCAGUAAAGAAACAAAGAGGAAAAGCUUCAAAUUUGUAGAAUUUAUUGGAAAUCCAUGAAAAGGACAAUAAUGGAAAGACAGUCAUUACACUUACUAGUCUUGUGUAUCUAGGGUUGACCUUCUCAGUCGUGGGACCAACACAAGAUGUGUAGGGUGACAUGUCUACUAACAUCCUACUGACAACCCAUCAUUAUGCUACCAACAUUCUACCGAUUAUGGGACCACAUACUAUAACGAUAUAGAACUUUGGACAUUCCCUUACAAAAUAAUGAUCAAGCUAGUAAUAGAAAAUUAAAGUUAUUUUACAGGGCCUGGUUGUAUGAAGGGUGGAUAGUACUAUCUGACAGAUAAAUCCAUAUCCAGUGUAUAAGUCCAUUCUGUUAUCCAAUAAAUUUAUCAACUGGGUAAGAUUUAUCCAUUGGAUAGUGCUUUCCACCCUUCCUACAACCAGGCCCAGUACUAUAUUCUUCACAAAGAGGGCACAGGUUAUUAUUUGGUAGUGAUAAACCCAGAAGAAAAGAUCAAAUUACAAGUUAAAAACCUUUAUUAGAAUAACAAAAGUUACACUACUUCAUGCAAGAGUUGCAUACUGUCUGUUAUUAUAUUAUAAUUAAAACAAUAAUUUUAUUUAUGAUUAUUAAUCAUAACAUUAUUACUGUGCGAAUACACCAACCAAGGCCACCCAGACAAGUUUUCAUACAAUUAUUAGCCAAUCAUGAUUGAGUAUUCAAACAAUAGAAUCUGUACAAAUGUUCAUCUUUCCUUUCAAAAGCAUAUAUUUUACUUUAUACAAGUGUGUGUAUGAUCAGGAGUGAACAAGAAACAGUCUAAAAUCCAGAAUCAUCAAUUCAUUGGAUUAUUCGAUAUCAAGAAUGUGAUUUGUGAAUUUGAUUCAAAAUUUGUUUGGGUGGCCUUGGUUGAUGUAGUCGCACUGAAAUGAUAGUAUGUCAUAACAGGAUCAUAAAGGAAAUGAAAAUACUAGAUAAUAAUUACUGAGACAACCGAACUGGGAUUACUCCAGAUGUAAGCCAAUCAUAAGUAGGUAGCGUAAAAAUAAAGCAUUCUAACGUAAACCAAUCAGAAGCUAGCAAUGGAGAAAUUCUUAUUAAAUAUCUCACAAAUAUUUUAGAAGUUAUCAA